CAGAGCUCUCCCAUAUCCAACCCCAAUCAUUUCAAACCGUUGGCGAAAUGGAAGACGCCGAGCUCGAGCAGAUCAGAAAGGCUCGCCUGGAGCAGCUCAAGGCCCAGAGCGGGGCCGCAGGAGGGACCGGUGGGAGCGGCAGCCAGGAACAAGCACAAAGACAGCAACAAGAGGCGGAAGCCCGCAAGUCGAUCCUCAACCAGAUCCUCGAGCCUGAAGCCGCCGACCGGUUGGGGCGCAUUCGGCUGGUCAAGGAGCAGCGGGCGAGCGAUAUCGAGAACCGGCUGAUCAUGCUGGCGCAAACAGGGCAGCUGCGGCAGAAGGUCACCGAGGACCAGCUCAAGGAGCUGCUGAACGCCAUGGCGGACAACAAGGAGGAGGAGAAGAUUGUCGUGAACCGGAGGAAAGGAUGGGAGGAUGACGACGACUUGCUGGACUUGUAGGAGAGGAAGAAUGAUGCUCUGAUUUGGGGUUCAGCAUUGGUUAUAGCUCCUGAUCAUGACUCGGAGCUCGAUGCAGUGUCUCUUUGGUACCUUACAGCGUUCUUAUUUGUACACGCGGUUAAAGUAUUUUUGUCCAGUUCUCCGCCAUGGUACCUUAUCGCCCCUGU